AUAGAUGUCACGUGAUAGUCAUAUGGUGUCAAUAUUUCUUCACGGGGAUGAGGUGAUGGUAGAUAAAGAAAAGUAAAAAAGUAACUAAGACAAGAUGAGACCAGAAACCACAAAAGUUUUAACUUGCAUUUUUUUAUUCAAGGUGGUUUUCUUAACAGACAGAAGCUAUGGAGCAUAUUUGCCUAUAGUUGUGAAUACCUGGCCUUUCGUCAAUGCUACUUUUUCAGGUUGGAUUAAAAUUUUAAAAUAGUUCAUGUCAUAGGAAAUGAAUCAUGAAAAUGGCUCGAUGGGAAUUAAAUCUUUAUUUUAUUUAUUACUAGCCAAUAUACCCGGCGUUGCACGGGAAUGCAUUAGGACCCCAAUCCUGGUGUGACACCGAUCCCAUUGGAGCCCUAAUCCCAUUCUGACACCGAACCCGGCGCAGUCCCAUUUCCCAUUGUUAUCACGACCCCGGUGGAUCCAUUCAAGGCUGAGAUCCCGAUCCCAGUGGAUUCCCAUUUUCUGGUGGGAUCCUGAUCCAGUUUGGAUAAAGAUUAUGAUGGGAUCCCGACCCCUUUGUGAUCCCGUAUAAAAAAAAAUUACUCAGUUUUACCGAGAGAAUAGUAAACUCCGGGACAGUAUAGAAAUGAAUAGAACUAACUAAAAUUUCUUUAAUCCCUUAGAUCCCACUAUAUAUCCCCUUGGAACAAAAUUAGAAGUUUCUGGAACAUUCUAGAUUAAAUUUAAUAACCUGCUCGAAACAAGUGUAAAAACUACUUAACUAAUUAUUAUUCAAAUACGAUAAAAAUCUUAAACAAAUGCCAUAAUUAUAAUCCUUUUUCUUUUAAGUUUAUCGAGGGGCCCCCAAGGGGGGUGCAUUUCAUAACUGUAUCAAUUUUGUUAUGCCUAAGACAAGGGGCCCUAUAAAAAUCAGUCAGAUCAAUAAUAAAGUUAAAAUUAAAAAUUUGUCCCAUUAAAAUCUUCUUUAAAAUACCAUUGAUAUAGCUUUUUAAAAUUAUCGAACUUCCUGGAAAAUUCUAGAUUGGAUAUUCUUAGUUUUAAAUCCACCGAUAUUUCAGUAGGGACUAAGAAGGUUAUAGCUACAAAGCUAGACCUAGAUCCCCCAAUUCACAUAGUACCUAUUGUUUUGUCUAAGCCUAUUGAUAUUUAUGUAGCUUAUAUACAUAUAUAAGGAAAAAUGAAAUUGGGCCCCCAGCCCCAGAGAGAUGGAUAUUAUGAGGUCAGUACCCUUGGGUAUUUAAAUAUAGAUGUAUGUGUACUGUGUACUAAGUUUGGUCAAGAUCCAUGUAUUCAUGGAGAAGUUUUAAGCCUAUUGAUAUUUAUAGAGCUUAUAUAAGAAAAAAUUAAAUGGGGCCCAAGCGAGGUAUGGACAUUAUGAGUUCAGCACCCUUCGGUAUUUGAAUAUGGAUAAUCAAAUGUAUAUGUUCUAAGUUUGGUCAAGAUCCAUCCAUUCAUAUAGGAAUAUUGUUUAGUAAUUUUAUUUAUAUAGCUCAUAUAUGGAAAAAAAACGAUUCGGGGCCUCCGGUCCCAAACCGAAUGUUAUAAAAAGUUCAUAACCCCUUAUGAGUUCCUUCUGGAUCAUGAUGGAUAUAUGUGCCAAGUUUGGUCAAGAUCCAUCAAUCCAUGUAAAAGCCUUCGUGGAACAAACCCACAAACAUCCCCACAAAUUUCACUUUUAUUAAUGUAUAUGAUUUUAAAAUUAAUAAGUUUAGUAAACUUUAGGUCUAACCCCAUUGUCAUUAAUUAGGGCUUACAUUUAAACUUUAAGUUAUAAUAGUGAUAGUAGAUGACUAAGUGGUACUAGGAGGAGGCUUUUAGAUACUGGCACUGGUAAUAGUAAAUUAAGUAAUUAGUAAUUUGAGUCAAGUGUAAGUGAGUAAGCCUAUUCAGUAUUCAUUCAGACAGCUAAUAAAUAAUGCUUGGUUUAAGUUGGAUUGGAUAGGCCUUUAUUGAAAAUAAAAGCCUCCUUUGAAACUCUUGCAUUUUAGACUAAAUUGUGUACAGAAUUUUUGCUUUGCAGCAUUCUACAGACCAGACACACCUGUAAUAAAUUUCAUAAACCCAUUGCAAUGUGAUUUCCAAAUAAAACUAUAUAAUAAUUAUACAAUAUACAGUAAUAUAUAUUAUUAUAUAAACAUGACACAGAACGCCCAAUGAAACUGAAAGUAGCGAAAAAAAUUCAAGCAUUGAAAUUAUAACUACAUUUUCAUAAUUGUAUAUAUAGCUUGGGAAGCAUUGCUCAGUGGAGUAAGUGCAGAAGACAGUCUUGUCAUUGGUUGUACAACAUGUGAGAAGCUCCAAUGUGAUGGAAGUGUUGGAUUUGGAAGCAAUCCUGAUGAGUCUGGAGAGACCACUCUCGAUGCAAUGAUAAUGGAUGGGUAAACAAUUUAUUAAUUUAAUGAGUAUUAUCCUUUUUAUUUUCCUAAGCCGCUUAAGGAUUUACUUUUAUUAAAAGUAUUUUAAUGUUUUCUAUUUCGUGAUAACAAAAUUAGCUUAGAGCCUUGUUGAUGAUAAAUCUCUCAUGUUCUUGGGACCUUCUGCCAUGGCCGGUCCCAAGCCCAGAUGCAAAAGGAUGAGGGUUGGCGUGAGGACAGCUACCUCACCCGUAAAAAACAAACUGCUACAGAAACAUCAACAAGAAGAAAAAACCAAACAUUUCAGCCCUGAAAAAAGAGGGCUUUUCUUCCGCAAGAAGAGUUAUGAAGCCUUGCAGCCAAAGCCAGGUUAUACUGGUAGCCUCAAAGAAGAGGAACUUCCUUUCAAAGGCAAUAAACAUAAGCUUAUGGAUUUUUAGGACUAUGUAUGAAACAGGAAAAUCAGCACAAGUGGUGGCAGAAAUGAGAACAUACAAACUCACACUGCUUGGCAUCUGUGAAACAAGAUGGACAAAAGCUGGACAGUUAACUUCGGCCUCAGGAGAAAUACUAAUAUACUCAAGGCAUGAGGAUGAAAAUGGUCCACAAACACAAGGAGUCGCGCUCAUGAUUACAUGGAUGGCACAAGAUGCAGUGAUGUGAUGGGAAGCCCAUGGCACAAGAAUUAUUACAGCAACUUUCAGAACCAAAAAAGAAAAUAAAUUUGAAUUGUAACACAGUGCUGUGCACCCACCAACGAUAGCAAGGAAGAUGAAAAAGAAGCUUUCUACAAUAGACUACAAGCAGUUCUGGAGAAAUUUACAGGUAUAAAUCUAAAUAUCUUACUGGGAGAUCUAAAUGCUAAGAUUGUAAAGAAAACAGUGGAAACAAAGAAAUUAUGGCGCGCCAUGGUAUAGGAGAAAGGAAUGAGAACGGUGAAAGACUGGCAGGCUUCUGUGUGGCUAAUGAGCUUGUUAUUGGGGAAGUGAUUUUCAGCAUAAAAUUGAGAAUAUCCACAAAGUAACUUGGUUGUCCUCCAACAACAAGACACAAAACCAAACCGAUCAUACAUGUAUUACAAAAAAUUUAGAAGGUCUCAGCAAGAUGUACGAGCAAAAAGAGGAGAUGAUGUCACAUCAGAUCACCAUCUUGUUUAUGUAAGACUCAAGCAAAGACUGAAGAAAAACUGGGAAGAGCCAGCUGCUAGAAGACUAAAAUACAACAUAGCACUUCUGGCAACUGAGCAGAAACAAGAGGAAAUCAGUGCUACCUUGAGAAAUAAGUUCCAGGCACUGGAAGACCAAACAGAAGAUGACCAGAUAGAACAUAAAUGGGAAAAUAUAAAGAUGUCAGUAACAUCCAAAUGCAAAGAGGUAUAUAAAGACCAGUGAAUCAAAAACAACAGGGCUGAGAAAACGAAAGCAAAAGUGAAAUAUAAAGAAGCAAAUUGAAGGGUAAAAAACAGAAUAAAAAAAGAUACAAGUUCUUACAUAGAUGGUCUAGUGUCAACAGCAGAAGAAAUAGCCAGAAAGUGAAACCUGAAAGAGCUCAAUGACAUAACUAAAAAGCUCUCAGGAAGAUACAAGAGGCCAUAGUGAACUGUUAAAGAUAAGGAAGGUGGAUCAAUAUAAAUGAAUAAAAAGAACAAAAAAUAUGGGUGGAAUACUUUUAGGUAUUACUAAAAAGACCUCCACCCACAGACACACCAGACAUACAACCAGCAAAUGAAGACUUAGAAAUAGAAGAAAGUGUCCCAAAUAAGGAAGAAAUAGCGCUGGCUAUCAAACAACUCAUAACAGGGCAAGCAUAUGGACCAGAUACCAUCAGAACUAAGAUGAUGAGAGCAGAUAUAGAUACAAUAGUCAACAUGUUACCCCGUCUGUUUGAAAGGAUAUGGGAAGAAGAAAGAGUUCCAAAAGAUUGGAAAGAAUAAUACCUUGUCAAGAUACCAAAGAAAGGGGAUCUCAGCAACUGCGCAAACUUCAAAGGAAUUACACUGCUGUCUGUACCUGGAAAGAUCUUUGACAGAAUUAUUUUGAACAGAAUGAAGGACCAGGUUGAUGGGCUUCUUUGCGCCAAAACAGAUCAUGCACAGAUCAAUUGCAAUACUACAAAUCAAUGUAGAUGGGGUACCAGGAAAACUAGACAGGAUCAUUCAGAGUUCUUAUGAAGAAGUGACAUACACAGGGUGGUACAUGAAGGUAGACUCAUAGAUGCCUUUAAAGUAGAAACAGGAGUCACACAAUGAUGUCUCUUUUCCCCAUUCCUAUUCAUCCUUGCCAUUGACUGGAUAAUGACAAAAUAUACAGACAAAAAAGAGGAACAGGAUACAGUAGAAACCCUGGGAACAACUGAAUGACCUAGACUUUGCAGAUGACAUUGCAAUUCUGUCCCACAAUCAGGAACAAAUGCAAGAAAGACUAACCACCUUUUCAGCACAGCUCGGACUCAAUAUAAAUAAAAGCAAGACAAAGAUCAUGAAGGUAAGCUCAGCCAACUAAGACCAUAUUUUUCUGGCAGGAAAUGCACUUGAAGAAAUGGAGAACUUCAUAUAUUUAAGCAGCACCCUUGACAUAAAUGGUGGAUCCAAAGCAGAUAAACACUUGCCUUAGAAAGAUCCUGUUUAUCAAAUGGCCAAACACCAUCCCCAACAAAGACUCACUGGAAAGAACAUACCAGGAACCUAUUGCUGAAGGCAUCAUAAGGAAAAGAUGGAGAUGGAUAGGGCAGACUCUCCACAAACCCCCAAAUAACAUCACCAGACAAUCAAUGAGAAGAAAACCGAAGAAUACAUGGAGACACGAGCUAGAGGCAGACACUCAAAGCAUGGGAUAUACCAGGAAGCAAGAGGAAAGGAAAGCACAGGACUGAGAUGAAUGGAACAUUUCUUGUGGACAACCUGUAAGAUUACCUAGAACCCACUCUGACCUUGCUGUUAGGUGGUUAUAGCUCUAUUUUGUCUAGGGUAAGGUUCUGGCACUUGUCUAGUUCCACUAGACUAUCGAAAACUUGUUAUCACAACUCUUACUAAAGGCAACAAAUUACUCUUAAUGAUGAUAACCCUUCUUCUUUAAUCACAAGAUCUGCUAACACUGCAACUAGGCAUUAUUAUUUCACAACAGUCACUCUCUCUGAAUGCAGUAACAGCUUUGAUCAUCUAAAAUUCUGGAACCCUAACAAACACUACUAAUGAAUUACAAGAACUGACGAGCACUAUGAAAACUAACUAAUCUUUUCAUGGUCACACUAUAUCCUUCUCACAUUUUUAUCACCAUUCACCAUAUCACAUUUAGAUCUCAGAAUUCUUUUGAAAAGCACAACUAAUGAUCAAAACAAAGUUCGCCCUAGAUCUAGAAUUCUAGCACCUUGACAAUUAAUAUUAAUCUUUUUCUUUAGAAUUUACCUUCUAUUUUUAGCUUUCCUUCAAUUAAUACAAUUUAAAUUUGUAGGUACCAGUGUGAUAUUUAUUUGAAUAUUUUCAGUGCAACUUAUGCUGUGGGUGCAGUUGGAGACCUGAGAAGAGUUAAAAAUGCCAUUGGAGUUGCCCAAGCUGUAAUGCACUAUACUGAUCAUACACUCUUGGCGGGCGAGUCAGGUGAGUUUAAUAUAAAAAAAAAAUUGGUUCAGACAAUUAAAACAAAUAAUAUUUUGAAAUGUUCUUUCAAGGUUUUAAUUAGGUCUGUUUGGCUCACUAAUACCUAGGUAAGUUAAUUAGUUUUACAAAAAAUAAAUUUAUAAGAUUCACAUGUUCAGUGGAGUAGGUUUUCAAAACGAAGAAGAACAAUUUAAUUAUUGUUUGAAGUUCUUCAGAGAAAUCCAUUUGUUUAACACCCAAGUGGGGCUGAGUUAAAAUAAGAGGAUAAAGAGUAAAUUAAUAUAUCAUCAAAAUGUAACUUUCUCCAUGUGUAACUUUUUUUACAUAGCAACAAAAUUUGCAAUAGAGAUGGGAUUUAAAGAAGAGUCACUUGCUACCAAUAACUCACAAAACAUGUAUGCCUCAUGGCGCAAAAACAAAUGUCAGCCAAAUUUUAGACAGGUCAGUAAUUUAUGUCUUAAUUUUGUUUUUAAUAAGCAAAAAACACAAGACAGAUCAAAAUGUUAUUAUAUGUUUUACCUUUAUUGUUGUAAAAAAGGUAUUUAUGUCUCUUUUUUUUUUAGUGAUAUAUUAUAUCUUUUGAUUAUUUAAUGGUGAACAGUUGUCAAAUUAUGAUAUCAGCUGAAAGUCUCUUUUAAUUCUUGGUCUACAUUAUUAAACUGAAAAAUAAAAUAAUUGUAAAUUUCACAUACAAUUUGGCUGAAUGGAGUAAGCUCAUAAGAUGCAGAAAUCAAAUAAGAAAUAAUAAUUUAGAAAUAUUCAUAUAUAUACAUGGCUCAUUAAUACCUAGGCAAGUUAAAUAUAUAUAGAUAGAUACACAAAUAAAUAAUAGAGUAAUAUUGUUUCAAAAUUUAUUAAUAAUUAUAAUUAUUGUGCUUUAUAUUAAUUCCAGAAUGUACAACCUGAUCCAAAGGCAAACUGUGGUCCUUACUCACCUCUUCCUCCUCCAUCAUUCAAAGGGACUUGGUUGAAUAGCUUCAGCAAACAGUAUCAUUACUCUAGGAAACCCCACAAAGACAUUAAGCGAAAUAAUCAUGACACAAUAGGGAUGGUUAUCAUUGACACCAGUGGGCAUGUGUGGGCAGGAACGUCAACAAAUGGAGCCAAUCACAAAGUUCCUGGGUAGGUCUUCUUUCUGAUAGUCUCUGAAUUUAAUCAGAAAAUUAAGUCAUAUUUACACUUUUUACUUUUUAAAGUUUUUUAAUGUAUAGAGUAGUUUUAAAAAUGUAUUUUUAAUUUUUUUUUAAAUAAAUGAAUUCUUUUCAGGCGUAUUGGUGACUCCCCUGUCAUGGGCGCUGGAGCUUAUGCCAGCAACAGGGGUGGGGGAGCAGCUGGGACAGGUGAUGGAGAUGUGAUGAUGAGAUUUUUGCCCAGGUAAGGCACGGAUGAAUAAGUUGUGAAAAAUUUAAUUACGUUAUGUAAUGGCACAUAACCAAAAGUUUUUUAUUUUUUGCAAUAAUUUUAUUCUUAAAUUUAAGGAAACUACUGUUACAUUAAAUUAGUUUAUUAGAAAAAUUAUGAGCAAGGAGUUUUGGACUGGAGUGGCCAAGCUGCCCAGUACAAAGAUAUUUUAUUUGAGGUGGGUUAUUUCUUUUCAGACGCCGUCAUGGAUAAUCUUACAAUGAGACAGUCAUGAAACUAACGAUAAUUUAAAAAUCUAAUUUACAAUUAGACAAAAUAUUAAGAAUAGAUUUAAAGUUAUGAUUCGAUUUGCCACAAAACAGAGCAAAUAUAAGUGAUUGAAAUGUUGUUUUGUGAUCUUGUAGAAGAGAUAAUGUAUGUGGUCAAGUGGAUCGGGCAAAUGGUUAAAUGGAUCAGGUAAAUGGUCAAAUGGAGCGAGAGCUUCCAUUUUUAGAUUGGGGGGGGGGGGUUUACUUCAGCUUAAUUAAAAAAAAAUUUGUUUGGUUUGUUAAAAGAGAUUUUAAAAUUAGAUUAUUGUAUGAGUCAAUUGUUACAAAUGUAAUAUUGUCUUGAAGUUGACCAACAUAUAAAUAUUCUCAUUUAUUAUUGUGUAGUAUUUUAAUAAUACAUUAUGUGUUUUAAAAUGGCUCAUUAAAAAAAAAACAGUACAUAACAAAGGGACCAUUGAUUAAAUAUGAGAAAGAAUGAUAACCCAACUAGUGUUAAUUUCAAGUAAAAAUUUAUUGAUAUUAACAAUGCUGGUAUAAAAGUACAAAAUCAAAUAUAUAGAAAUAAAAACCCUAUAAACUUACAGCAUGUAUAAUAAUAGAAAGCUAAAAUAUUCAUUUACACACCCAGUGAAAAUCUUGUAGGUCUUGAGUGUCUUGUGGCUCAACCAGCUGACCAUCAUGUGUAUAGUCUAGGGGGAGAGGUUUCCAGAAUUGAAACUCUAGCUAGAAGGUCAAGCGAGUUUUCUCUAUAUUGACCUGUCUAGUAAAAUGUAGAGAAGCAGUGAUUGGAUGAUGACUCGCCAAAACAAGGACAAGUUAAUUGGUGUUGACAGUUACAAAAACAUAAGGGGAGAUAAUUCCACAGCCUACUUGAAAUAAAAACUCCGCUGUGAACCAAAAAUAGGGUAAAAAAGUCUACAACUCAGGGGUAUAAUAAUAUAAUUUAUAAAAUGGUGCUUUACUCAAAUCAGGUUGCUGACCCCUAACUUAAAGAAUCGAUUUCAACCAUAUAUCAGUCGCUCAUUAACUUAUCUGUGACAUUUAUAAUUAUUGAGGAAAGUGGAGAUUUAAUGUGCAAGUAUUAUUGUAACACAGAAACAGUUCUGGUAGCCCAUAUAUCACUAGCAGAAAUCCCAAUGUUUGCAAGUAAUCAUAAAUGCAAUUAUUUCACAGCUUCCGAGCAGUUAUUGAAAUGGAAAGAGGUCUGUCCCCUAAUGAAGCUGCCAAGGUUGCCAUGGUACCCAUUAUCGAAGCUUACCCAAGCUUCAGUGGAGCUUUAGUAGCUGUCAACUUAACAGGCCAGCAUGGUGAGAUUACUAACAAGGAUUUUUUUUAAAGUUUACAAUUUUUAAAUUAAAUGGCUUAAUGCUAAAGACUUUGAUUCACACAAAUAAACACAUGCAUUGCAUCUAAAUCAAUUUUUCUUUGACAUUUCAGGGGCUUAUUGUCAUGGCUUCCAGUCAUUUCCAUACAGUGUAGCAUCCCCUGAACAUAGCACAGUACAAGUUGUAAAUGUCAAAUGUUCAUAGCAGGAAAUAUUAGAUAAACUAUCUCAAGUUUUCUUUUAUAUUAAGAAUGGAAGUUUUCUUCUUGUUUUUUGUAAAUACAUUUUUUAAUUGUCUUUCACUUUUCUAAAAAUAAAUCUUCUAUAAUGAAUGAAAAAUAUAUUAUAUCAUGUAUAACUGCAAGCCUGGUAAAAAAAAAAAACUUGUAAUUUAUAGUAAUCUUUUUAAUUUUAAGUGUAUUAAUUUAUUUAAAUUAAAAAAAUGUGACCACUUAAAAUAUAGGAUAGAAAAUGUAGUUAAUAUGCACUUAUUAAAAAUGUUAUUUAUUAUAUAGAAUUAUGUAUUAAGUGUUACCUUGACUUUCGAACCGCUCUACAUUUGAACUUUUCAAGAAACAAACUUUGUACACAGCCCAUUUAGACCUCUCCAUACAAACCUAGAUUAGAGAUAUGAACUGUGAUGCACCAUGAUGUUGCCCUCAAGCUGUACCCGUGGUGUUUGUUUUCACAUCACAUUUAUCUGAAAUAUGACACGACGAGGGAAUUGUGCAUGCAUGCUGCCUGUAAAUAUUUUCUUUUUUUGUCUAUCUAUUUGGGUAUUUGUGUAAUCAAACAAUACAAGUUUUUUUAGGUUUGUUUUGAAUGUGUCUACUUUAUGUAUGUAUUUCUUUCUGGACAAAUGGGUCUGUGCGCAUGUGGAGAGGUACAUCAGGCAACACUGCUUAAGUAUGGCGGACUGUGUAGAUAUCAGACUCUUCACUUCUUACGCAGAUAGAUCUAAGAACAUAUUGUAAUCAGUACUAGUGUGAUUAGAAUAAUUACUAAAUUGUCACAGGCUCUGCCGCAUGUUAUUCACAUCACCAAUUUAAUUGAAGGUAAUAGUCAUACUACAUGCACGUGUAUCAUGCAAAACCAAAAAUUUGAUAAAUAAAAAUUUGUAAUGGUAUACAAUAUGUAUAUUUAUUGUCUGCAAUGCUCUUUCUCACUCCUGAUCGAUUUCUUUACAUUUUCUUAAUUUAGGUGAAAGUAGUUCUUUUUUAUUACUUGAUUUUUUAGCUAUUUUAAUCUGAGAAUGGAUUAAUUAUUUCCCAUAAGAUGUAAUGGAAAAUUGGGUUCCGGGAUACAAACUCAGUCAUGAACAAAUUAAGUUCAUAAGUCGAGGUACCACUGUAUAUUUUUAUUAUUAUUUGUUCAUAUAUAAAAUUGGAUUAAAAACAAAAAGCAUUCCUCUGUUGAAUCUAAUAUUAGUGGUGUUGUUUCUUUUUCCUUUGUUAUCAUCUGAAUUAUUUUUUAU